AUGCGACUGUACUUAAACAAGCAGCGUCUUAUAGGACCGCGAACCGAGCCGAAAGGGCCCCGCUACUGCCAUCUAGUGCGCACAUCCGGGCAUCGCCGCAGCUCCGCGUUGGCUCGUGAGUGUGCGCGCGAGGUCCAUCCAAGCCGCCAGUGCCCGUUAGCUUUAGGUAUCACAGGUAGAAAUGAUGUGACAUUGCAUCAUCACUAUGGUUCUGAAAACCAAAUUUUGGCGCCUCGGUAUUGCCCGCCGGCCGUGGACCGAAUCCGAGCUUCCGCGCGCUUGAGUGUCUUGCUGCGACACCUUGGUUGCCGCUCGGCCGGGACCAUUAUAGCUCACCACACUUCGGGGGUUGGUUCCUUUGCCAGUUUCCAUCCUCAACAAUUCCAGUAUACUUGGGAGAAUAAUGUUCUAAACCUAGAACAGAGAAAAUUUUAUGAAGAAAAUGGAUUUCUUGUCAUUAAAAAUUUGGUGUCUGAUGCUGAUAUUCAACGCUUUAGGAAUGAGUUUGAAAGAGUCUGCAGAGAGGAGGUGAAACCGUUGGGAUUGUCAGUGAUGAGAGAUGUCACCAUCGCAAAAUCAGAAUAUGUGCCAAGUGAGAAAGUGGUUUACAAGGUCCAGGAUUUCCAAGAAGAUGAGGAACUCUUCAGAUACUGCACCCUCCCUGAGAUUCUGAAAUAUGCGGAGUGCUUCACUGGACCCAAUAUUAUGGCCAUGCAUACAAUGCUGAUAAACAAACCUCCAGAUUCUGGCAAGAAGACAUCCCGUCAUCCCUUGCACCAGGAUCUGCACUAUUUCCCGUUCAGGCCCAGGAAUAGCAUCGUUCGUGCCUGGACAGCCAUGGAGCACGUUGACCGGAACAAUGGCUGUCUGGUUGUGCUCCCAGGGACACACAAAGGCCCCUUGAAACCGCAUGAUUAUCCCCAGUGGGAGGGAGGAGUCAACAUCAUGUUCCACGGGAUCCAGGACUAUGACAAAAACAACGCCCGGGUGUACUUGGUAAUGGAGAAGAGAGACACCGUCUUCUUUCACCCUUUGCUCAGUGGAUCUGGUCAGAACAAAAGUCAAGGAUUCCAGAAGGCAAUUUCCUGCCAUUUUGUGGAUGCCAACUGUCACUACAUAGAUGUGGAGGGCACCAGUCAAGAAAACAUUGGAAAGGAAGUUGUCAAUAUGGUCAGGAAAAAGCAUGGAUUUAAAGACAUCACUCUGAAGGAUGUUUGGACAUUUCGAGGGCGUGUAGUGAAAGGAGAAAGAAUCAACCUUUGAA